UGGAUAUUGAAAGUGAAGCGCCUUUUUCACCAAGUGCGGUAUAAUGAGCAACUCUCCGAACUCAGAAGAUAUCCUGGGUCUUAAAUUAGACAAAUGUUUUGCUGAUACUAUAAUUAAGACAGGGGCGGGUUUAUUCGGGGGAGUAAUUUUUUCCUUUCUGCUUACUAAAAGACGUCCGUGGCCCCUUAUUUUUGGAUCAGGUUUUGGGCUUGGAAUGGGGAUUUCAAACUGUAAUAAUGAUUUUAAGCAGCCCUUGCCAUUAGUAUCUCACCGGGUUGUGAAAUCAGAUGAACAGAAGGAUUCAUGAUGGUGUCAAUUAACUCUCCUAGUUGUUAAUACUACAUGUCUGUAUAACACGAGAAGGCUGAAUGAUCUUAUCGGAUCGAUAACCUUAUCUUAACCUGUAGAUUAUUAAAUGAAAAUUACCUUGUGAAAACUGAGUUUUGAUUUGUUUUGCUUGUGAUGAGUAUCUUUUUCAGUUCAAACAUUUCAUAUUUCUGCAAGAGUUAAGGUUAGAUUAAGACUGAUAAGUGCAUGUGCCAUCUUGCUAAAUAAGGGGUUUAAUGUUACCCCAGUAUUUCCGGUUUUGGGUUGUAAACUUGAAGCAGUUCGGUCAACCUUUGUAACUUUUGUACAUGGAGAGUGCCAUAUGUUCAUCAGUUAUUAAUCUGUGGUUGCACUGGUUUUAGGGGAACUUUAAGUCAUAUUCUGUUACCCACCGGAAAUCUACCGAACCAACACAAAAUAGAAAAAUCGAAAAGCUUGCUUAUUGUAUGAGCACCAAUGGUCCUGUGAUGUAUCUUGUUCCCAACAUCAUUUCAUCAACAUGUAUACAUCUGAUUGUUUUAAGUAGUAUAACCAGACUAAAUUUUGAACGUUAUUAGCACUAACACACAGAGAGAAACCUCUUUGUUUAAAAGUUGUAGUCAAAUAGUCAGUGCCUGAAGGCACAUUACUAAAUAUAAGGAAAAUUUAGUUAGUUCAUGUCAGUAAGCUCAUAGUUGUCUAUAAGUUUGCUCUCUAUAUUUUAUCAUCUGGUUCACUAUCAGCGAUCAUCCACAUUCUUUAUAUCUAAUCCAGACAGGUAUCCUUUUUGUUGAUAAGAACGAUGUACUUUAGUUUUACUGACCAACACCCGUUGAAAUGCUCAUAUAUAUAUAUAUAUAUAUAUAUAUAUAUAUAUAUAUAUAUAAUAUAUAUAUAUAUAGGUGAAUGAUGGAUAAGAAGUGUGUUGCUCCAUGAUGACAGUAAAGUAAUUAAAUUUAAAUGAUCUAAUUCACUUAAUGUAAAAGGAAAGCAGUCAUAGGUAUUUGUGAUUUAGUCAAUGAGCUGCAUCCGAUUAUAUAAUGGUGGUUAACGAUAUUGCAUAGUUUCAGAAACCUGAAUUUGAACCUGGUUUGAAGUUAACUGCAUAGACUAGUGAAUAGCAACUUACAGGUACUCCAUCAUAUGAUAACCACGUACCUACCUACCUCAGUCGAACUGAAGUGUAACAGUAACUAAUAGUCUUCAUCAUAUUGAGACAUGAGCUACCGGACUACGAAAUAGCUUACAUAGUGUCACCACUGGAUUCAAGCAAUCAUUCUGAGAAGGUGUAGAUCAGACGUAAGUAUCCAAACCAGCCUAUCAUUGACUACACAGCGAAGUCACUGUAGCAACGGUGAUAUAUGUUAAGACGUAUAUCUCUGUCUUUUGGAGUACAGCCAGAAAUAUGAUUUCAUCGAUUCACUAGAACUUGAUGUGUAAAAGAUUCGGUUACGUAUCGCUUAUUCACAUGACAUUUGGGCAUUACCCUUGAUGUUUGCAAUAAAAUAAUAACCUGAUACCCUUGGACUUGACACUAGUAACCAGUGUGAUGUGUAGUCCUCUUUUUGGUGCAGACUGAAUCCUAUCAGUCAGGUUGUAAUGUGGUCACCAUUUUAGGUAGCUUGCCAUCAUGGUGCACAUUGAUUUGAUGAUAUUAGAUGGUUAGAGGUAAUCUGCACGUGACGGCGAGCUACCUAAGAUGGUGGCCACAUAACAACCUGACUGUUAGAAUUCAGUCUGCACCAAAGAGAGGAUUAGACACAGCACACUAGUGUCAAAUCAAAAUAUCCAUUACAGUCCUACAGGAGGUCAGUCGGGAGCCCGAUUAACUCAGUGGUAACGUCUCUGACUGAAGGCGGCACUGGGUGAUGCGGGUUAGAAUCUCAGGAGGGACAUGAGUCCCUUCAAGGUUGCAGAUACGCCUUGCUGACUGGUAAGUGCCAACUAGCAGGAAACCUAGAUCUAAAACUUCCUGCCGACUACCUCCAACCAUCUGAAACCUGAAUAGCAGCUGAAUGUCGUAGUUCAGUAGGUAGAGCACUGGGCUAGUGGCUGGUCCCCGCUUGCAUCAUGUCUCAGACCAUUAUCUGUCC